AUGACGCCAAAAAUUUCUCGUCUGCCGGUCAAACAAUAUACAUUGAAAAUCGUGUUUGAUGAUCUGGUAAAAUCUAGUAUAUUAUAAUUUACUCGCUUUAGUGCGCCGAAAAACAUAUUGGCGGCAGUGGCCUAAGUACUAACACUUGAACAUUAUACACACACACACACACAUACGUCCAUUUACGCUACUUAAUACUUACACACCAAAAACCCAAAUACACACGAAUAUACGAUAAUCAUAAAAUAAACGAUGUCGGUGGCGCGCCGUGCGCAGUGAUCCUUGACAAGACGGGACGGCCGGUGGUGGUGGAGGCGGGUUGCCCUAUUCCUAAUCUUGUUAUUGAUCGUUUAUUGUUGCGCGUUUGUUGUGGCCACCACCGCUCCUAGCAACGAAAGAGAAGCCGUAGUCAUAGUCACCAUGAACGCCUUAUUUCGUCAACAAUUGAGGUAUUAAAAUAAAAAAUAUAUAGGUACCUAAUAGUUGGUUAGUUCGUUGUAUAAUAAAUAACGGUAAUAAUAAACAAAAACGAAGCGUCGAUGACUGUAAUCGAAUUUCAUUUUUGUUUAAACAAUAUAAUAUAAUAAUAUAAACCAAUAGGCAGUAACCAUAAUGUCUAUGUGCGUACGUGUGCGUAUGCGUGUUUAUAUUCACAGGCAUACAUUGCUGUUCCAUUCCGAACAAGAAUUAUGAAACACUUCUACAAGUCGUCGAGCAAUUGA